UUAAUUGUCGUGUGCCCACCCACCAAGAUGGCUCCGCUGCUGGAGCAGUACUCGAUAUUUGACGUUCAACUUAUUUACAUACUUUCAUCAUUAAACUCAACAUCCAAACAAUAGUCAUCCGCAAUUUAAUCUCAUCAAGUACGAAAAUUGUCAUUUCAAUAUGUGUGCGAGUGUUAACCAGUCAAGAUACACCGGUUGUUUGAAAGUGGAUUGAUUAUUAACAAAAGUGACGGCCGGCUGGCGUGCCAGACAGAUUAAACAGUGCCAUUCCAGACUAACGUUGCUCAUAGUCGUGAUAAACAUAUUUAAAUUCAUUAAAAAAUACCAGAAUAAUUAACGAUAAAGUCCGUAAUUUUAAUACACCAUUCUAAUUUAUAAUUCUGAAUAGUAAACACCAAAUGCAACGAAUGUUUUUUAUACAUAACAGUGAGGAUUGAGGUAACGUGAGGUUUAGUGAUUUCUGUUGUGAUAAAUAAUUGAAGAUGCGACGGAAUAUUGGAGUUAAAUAAACUUCAUUCGGUGAUUUCUGAGGAGGCAGUGAGGGCAAUUGGCAAAGAUGUUGCCAAAGGGGGACUUUGAUCAUUUUUAUACAACGUGUUAAUUCGCGGUAGAACGACCAAAGAUACUAAACAGAACUCUCUAAUUAUUCAGAAGAAAGUGUAACAAGGGCACUUAUUGUGUCCAAUGUUAAUGGAAACCUCAAGGUCACUCUGAUCGCUAAUUCUGAAGUAGAGUUUUGAAAUAAAAUAUUGGAAGAAGACGACUUUCGGGGAAAAGUCCAAUUAAUUGAUUGAAUACGUUCGCGGCUAUUGGAUUUUCGGUGAUUUUGGAAAUUUAACUUUGCAAAAAUGGCUCGAAAGAACGAUAACUUGAAGGGGAUUAACGUGGCUGUCGUUGGCCUGUCUGGCACUGAGAAGGACAAAGGACAGGUUGGCGUUGGUAAAUCAUGUCUGUGCAAUAGAUUCAUGAGAUCACUCAGCGAUGAUUACAGCGUUGACCAUAUUUCAGUACUGUCACAGUCGGAUUUUAGUGGUCGUGUAGUGAACAACGAUCACUUCCUCUACUGGGGUGAAGUGAUUAAAGCAGCUGAAGAUGGUACAGAGUAUAACUUUCAAGUGAUAGAGCACACAGAGUUCAUAGACGAUGCUUCAUUUCAACCAUUCAAGGGUGGUAAAAUGGAGCCAUACGCAAAGAGAUGCUCAGGAACAAAGAUAACGAGCGCUGAAAAACUCAUGUACAUUUGUAAGAAUCAGCUUGGAAUUGAAAAAGAAUAUGAGCAAAAAGUAUUGCCUGAUGGUAAAUUAAACAUCGAUGGUUUUUUAUGUGUAUUUGAUGUGAGUGUCGUACCAAAUCGUACAAUCGAAAAGCAAAUUGAGAUUGUAGCUAAUAUACUUAAUAAUUUGAUUAAAACUAAAAAACCAGUUGUACUUGUUACAACGAAGAAUGAUGAUGCUAAUGAGCAAUAUGUCAAGGAGGCUGAGAAAUUGAUAAUGAGAAAGGAGUACAAAAAUUCAAUAGUUGUUGUUGAAACAUCAGCACACGAGAAUAUUAACAUCGACAAUGCAUUUCUAGUCUUGGCACAAAUUAUUGAUAAAACGAAAAUGAGGAGUAAGGUUGUACCAUUUGCCGAGGCAGCUAGGGCACGCAAGGAACUGUUGGAUGCAUCGACAGAGUCACUUCAGAGAUUAAUCAGAAUACAUGUGACGGAUUAUCGAGCACUCUGGUCUCAAGCAUCCAAGAAACUGGGACAACACAAAGAAUUUCAGAACUUUGUGGAGUUGUUCGGAAUCGAUGCUACGCAGAGAUUGUUUAGACGACAUAUUAAGAAACUUAAGGAUGAACAGGUGGCCAAGAAGAUUCAGGGAUACUUGGAUAUGCUGCCGGAGAUUCUUCACGAGAUCUGUCCUGAUAUUUCGAGUCUUAUUAAUGAGGAAUGGUCUACAGUGCAACAGUACAUAAAAGAACACCCAGACUUCCAUCAACACUUUUACGAGUGUCCAGAGGACAUUUCCUGGAUCGACUACGACUUUGGGGAGAAUAACACCACAAAAAUUCCUUACGACGUUCUAGAGACACCCGAGGCCGAAACUGUCUUCAAAAACCACAUCAAUGCCCUCCAGCAGGAACAAAGGAGACUAGAACUUCCAAAAAGAUGGAAAAAACAGUUCAAACAAUUGCUGGAGGAAACUGGAUAUGUCACGCCUGGAAAACACUUGUCAGAGGUGCGGGUGUUGUUCAUGGGGCGCGAGUGCUUUGAGGCACUUUCACAUCACGAUUGUCAGGAGAUUUACGAUCAACAUCAGAAGGAAAUUAUUGAACGUGCUAAGCAUAAUUUCCAGGAAUUGUUGCUCGAACAUGCAGACUUGUUUUAUCAUUUCAAGAGUAUAGCACCGUCUGGUACCAUUACGCAAGAUGACAUCAAGGAAAUUAUGGACGCUUUACUGGAUGAUUUUAGGUACAAGACACUGGACAGACUCGACCAGGACCGCAAAUUAAUGUUGUUCCAACAUUUGGGCUUCGUGCAUUGUCCAAUUCGUGAACACUGUCCAGCAUUCCCAAAUUGCAUGGACGCGCUGAUUGAACGAAUACUGGGUACAAAAGCCCACAGGCCCUCGUCGUGGAACCACAGUAGUCAAUGGCAAUUAACGUCCGAGAAUAAUCAGCUAAAUUUGGUUAUACUAGGCAGCAAUGGAUUGGGAAAUGAAUUUGCCCAUGAAAUUAAAACUCAAACCGAGGAUGACGAGGUGGAAAUUGAUUGUCAGUUGUAUACACUUGGAUACAGGGUUAUUGAUGGUGACGUUGGAUUACCACACAAUUCAUUUACUACUUCCGAUUUUAUGCCACAUGGAUCAUUCUGUGUUUACUCGAACGAAGAUUCAUUCGAAUACAUAAGAUCAUCUCUGGAGAAAACUCUCCUGUCAAAUCUCGAGCAGGAGGACAGAUUACCGUUUCAAGGUCUUCCAAUAGUAAUAAUGUUCAUUCCUGAAUCGACAAUUGACGAGAUGGAGGCAAUGAGACUGAGAGAGGAGGGACAAAAUCUUGCUGACAGCUUGCAGUGUCCAUUUAUCGACGUUUGCGUCGAAGAUUUGGAGCCUGACAAGCGUUUUCCAAGUUCUCUUGUUAAAGACGCCCUACAGCAGCUCAUACAGUCGAUAAAUCAUCGCGCUGGCUUCUUGAACAUUUACCAGAGUGUCAUCGAGUGUUUGGAGCCUGACAUCAGGAUAAUCAUGUGCAUGUUCUGUGGAGAUCCAUACUCGGUGGAAAAUGUACUGGGCCCUCUCCUGAGCCACCAGUGUUGCUUUUUGAGCGGUGAAAAGUCAAUAGUCCUCGAAACAUUCCUGGGCGAGUCAAAAAGAAGAGUCGAGGUGAUAAUCUCGAGUUUUCACGGUGCUAAUGCCUUCAGAGAUGAAUUAGUGCACGGUUUUAUACUCGUGUACUCGACAAAGAGAAAAGCAUCCCUCGCAACAUUGAAUGCAUUCUCAAUGAACAUACCAAAUUUACCAAUUCAAAUAAUGGCUGUCACCGACACCGGUGGAGCCAAUGCAUUCUUCACUAGUGAUCUUAGUCACCUACUUAUCACCGAGGGAAAUGCAACCGCAGAUCGCUUGCAAGCGCAUUUCAUGACGUCAGCAUCGAGUUGUCAGCAAAAAACUGCGUUCUAUACACCAUUCUUCAAGGAAGUUUGGGAGAAAAAACCGGAGAUUGAGCAGGCGUUCAACAUGGAGGAGCCUGGCAAUCUCAACGACAGUGGUGAGGGCACUUUGGAGUACUCUGCACUACAUCCAAUGCCACCACCGAGACACGAGAGUUAUCACCUGCAGACACCAGAUGACGGAAGUGGAUCGGAGUCGUACGAGCAACUAACGCCAGACGGUGAUCUCGGUGAUCCUGGGCUCAACGAGCAGUUCAAUGACCACCGUGCAACACCCAGCGAUGACAGUGACAUUUACAGUCAAGUGGACUUCCACCGGGAGGAGCGAGAGCGAGAGUUGCUCAAAGGAGGAGAUUUCGCCAAUAAAUUGACAGGCUGGGUGAAAGACACAUUUAUGCAUCAAGACGGGGUCUCCAACUCGUACUCCCACCGUGCAUUUACGACAGGUCGUCGUCACAUACCCCAGAUAAAGUCAAGACCCAAGGGAAACAGUCAAACAUUGAAACAGCCUGGAAAAAUUAAUCUGAAGGACUUUUCAAAUGUAACUGAUGCAAUAGCACGUAUGAAUACUGGUGAAAAAGUCGAGCAUUCAUCGAAAAUGGGGCAUGCACCACUGGCAACACCAGAGCUCGUUGAUCUUGAGUACGCUCAUCCCAAAGACGUUGUACCAAAUCUCUAUCCAUCGUACGAGGGAGAGUACGCUUAUGCAUUAGUCCAGGAUUCAAUUUCAAAUAAUAAAUCAAAAUUACGACAUAGGAGGGAAAAAGGACAGCCGUCUUACAGUGACUCGGACUCGGAGUGGAGUUCUUUGGAGAGACAGAGGGUUGCUGAUGUCAUUGCUAAGGCUAAUAAGAAACCAACGACGCACAAGAGGACACGGAAGAAGAGGGCUGCUAUUCCUGUUGCUACGCCCAAAGUACCUUCUCUGGGGAGCAUGACCAGUGGUGACGGCAUUGUCGGGCUCAAUUACAGUAUUAAGGAUGAUAAAACUUGGCGAAUUGAUCUCACUGAAAGGGUAUCGAGUGAAACACCGGAUAGCUCAGAGUCUAGUGAGCCUGAACACGGCACGAGAUCAAGAUUAAAAGCUAAUAAACACGCGCCGGUUAGUGUGAGAAAGAGAUUUGGAAAUUCAGCUGCAACGCUACAGCAUCCAUUCAACCUGAAACACGUGACCCAGGAUAUGUUCAGUGUGUCCUAUGAUGAAUCGAGUCUGGACGUUUCCUCUCCCCGAGAGAUUAAUUCCCCAAGUUUUGGAAUAUUAACGAAGGGUAAGGACGGUGACAAGCUGACGAGGAAGAAGGACAAGCAGAAGGCGAAGGAGGACGAGAAGUUGGAGAAACGUCGGCAGAAGGAGGAGAAGUUGAGGAAAAAUGCUGAGAAGGAGAAGGAACGAGAGAAGAAGAAGCAGGAGAAGAUAAAGCAGACCAAAGGGACAAAUCCAGGCUCAACAAUGUCUGGACAAUCGCAACAGUCACUCAUCGAGGACUUUGCACAGAGUGAGACCAACAGAAUACCUCUGUUCCUCGAGAAGUGCGUGAGAUUCAUUGAGGACGAGGGACUCGACUCUGAGGGCAUCUACAGAGUUCCUGGAAAUCGAGCACACGUGGAACUUCUCUUCCAGAAGUUUGAGGAGGAUGGAAAUGUGGAUAUUCAUUCGUUAGACAUUCCUGUGAAUGCCGUCGCCACUGCUCUCAAGGACUUCUUCUCGAAACGAUUACCACCCUUGAUUGAUAAGGAGCGCAUGGCAGAGUUGGAGGACAUUUCUGGUGCACGAGGUAUCAGUAAACCAAUGUCUGCUACGUGCAUGAAUAUGGAAGAUCGAAGUUGUAGACUUCUUGCCCUACGAUUGAUGCUCAAUAAAUUGAAUCCAGUCAAUUUUGACGUUCUGAAGUUUAUUUUUCAACAUUUUGUAAAAGUUGCUGAAAAUUGCAAAUUAAACAGCAUGGACAGUAAGAAUCUGGCAAUAUGCUGGUGGCCUACCCUAUUACCAAUAGAGUUCAGCGACCUCGGGAGAUUCGAAGCAAUGAGGCCAUACCUCGAGGACGUCGUUCAAACGAUGAUCGACCAGUACCCCUUCCUCUUCUGCGACAAAGAGGCCAUCGUAAUGGUUUAGUAACGAAUUUCUCAACAACACAAAAUACACAUACACACGUGAAUAAAUCCAAACAAUUAAUAAUUAACUCACGGACUGUCACAGAAGGACCUAAAAAUGGUGUAUAAAGUAAGUGAAUUUUUUAAUGAUUUAUCCGAAGCAGUAAAGUUCAUUAUAAAUAAUGAAUAACUAAUGAAUUUACAUAGAAUUACUGAAACAAUGAAAGAAAACAUAGCGCUUGGUCCUACUCUUAACAAUAUCAAUAAUUAAUACUAGAGCGCAUUUUGCGUUGAUCCAGAUUCACUUAAUACUGGGUAAAUAAGAUGAAUUGAAUUUUUAAAAAAUAAUGAAACUUCUUUUGCAACUGAUCAAUUGUCUUGGACGAUCGUCACUGGGGAUAAUGAGCAGUAGAGUCAAUGCAGAUACCAUUAAAAUUGUGUGAAUGUGUUUAUUAUACUCGAGAGCGAAUUAUUUAUUGCGAAUGGAAAUAGUGAUUAAGGAAAUGAACAAAAAGGUCGAUGUUGCUUUUUUUUUUUUUUUCAUUAAUGCAAGUGGGAAUUCAAGGGAGGGAAAAAGGACAAUUGGUAAUGUUAAUUGAUGAGGUGUUGUGGGACGAUCGUCAAUAGUCGAAUUUUCCAUGGACGUUUUUUCAUGAUUAAAAUAACAAUUGUAAAUUAAAUGAACCAUAGGAGUGUGAUUUAUCCUCAAUUAUUUCGUGGAGAGAGAGAGAAAAAUGAGUUGUGCCAUGCCGAUUGUAGUUUGUUUGAUGGUGAUCGAUGCACGGCAGUGAUAUAUUUGCUUACACCAUUCCGUCUAAUUGGUUAAUGGGGAUGGGUAGGAGAGUGAGGGUUUUUUUGGGGCAGGUUUGAAUACUGCGUUGAAGGGGUGAAAUUUAAUGAGUUUUAUCUUAUUAUUGUGAUUAUUAUCUCGGGCAUGAGUGAUUUUGGGAGAAUAUUUCACGGAAAGAAAAUAGUUUUGAAGGAAAAACAUUAAUUUUUGGUGUUGAUCAAUUGACAAUAUUUAAAUUUUUCGUUCAAGAAUUGGAACAAACGGAGAAGGGAAUAUUCUUGAAUAAAGAAUUAAAUUUUGAACGUAAGAAUCUCCGUAUUCUUAAUUCAAGGAAGUAUAAUGUUUUUUAUUUUUUAUAUAUAUAUUUUUUCAUUUGUUUGAAGUGCGUAAAUUUACAGGAUUUAUUUGGAUUGUCACCUACACUGUUAGAAAAAAAUUUGAA